AUGAAGAGCAACGUGUUGAGGCGGCGGAAUUUCACAGUAUUUGAGGAAAUUUUCCAGAAGGACUUCAAAGAGAUCGCCGAAAAAGUCGGCGUUUCCUUCAACAGACUCACAGAACCAGCUAGAAUUAUGAACCACUGCCUUCUCGGCUGCUUUUAUCCAGCUCAAAAUAUCUGCACAAUGAAAAUGAAAUGCGGUCUAUUCAUGCCAAACGAACUCCGGCUUAUGGACAAUCUUACCAAAUGUGCUCUGCAGAAUGAUGUCUCCAAAGGCAUCAUGAUGGAGAUGGCAACCUGCUUGAGUGAAACUGUGGAUGCUAAAAAGGUAGAGGAGGAGCAAGAGGAGUACACUGAAUGA